AUGUGCCUAAGAUGGCUGUGGCGGUUGCUGUUUCUCUCUGCGGUGGACUCCAGAGGAGAUGAGACCUGCUGGAUGGAUGGUGUCACCUGGGAACAGUGUUGUGCUGCCAAAUUUGGCCCCGAGGGAAACGGCGCGUGCUGGGGCGGUGACUUUACUUUCGAGCGCUGCUGCAUCGAUGCAGAGCCUGCCGAAGUUCCCGCGGAGUUGACGGCGGCUGCGAGCGCCGCGUACCCUGCUUGCUGGCAUCCUGGAGUUGUCCUCCGCCACGCUGGCGAGAAUGGCGUCUUUGCGGAUCUCUCGCUCUAUGGCCACACUGGAUGCUUUCUCAACAACUGCAAACUCACAGACAAGUUCGCCGCCGUCGAUGCUGGCGUUUGCGGCCGUGCUUGCAGCGAAGUGGAAGAGUGCCGUCACUGGACAUUCGGACAGCAGUACGGAGUGAAGACGUGUUUCCUCCGAAAAUCAGAUGCAGGUCGAGCUUUUCUGCCUCAUUGGGUCUCGGGGACCUCCGAUUGCGCUCCACCACGCUUGCCGCCUGCCUGGGUGGCAUUGCGGACUGCAAAGUGUGAGGGUCUUCGAGCUUGCGAUGCUGGAAAAGGCGAGGGAUGUCCGGAUGUGGAAGCAGCAAUCACCACCUGGCUGUUUGCAAUCGACCACAUGAAACGUGCGUUUACGGGUCGAGUGGAUCAAGACACUUGGUCGCACAUUGAGCGCAUCGGCAAAGAAUCUGCAAAUUUCCGAGCUGGGCUGCACUCGGAGUACCGUCCGAGUGACAAAGACUUCCCACGCAUCAUCUACAACAACAGGCUGAUCUUCAACCAUUUGGAAGAGGCGCUCUCUUCCCAACCAGCAGGGACAGCCACGGAGGAAGACGCAUCACUCCCGAAUCCGUUGCGCUUUGGGAAGUUGUGUGGUAAGUCCUCUUGCUUCGAGCUUUGA